AUGACAUGUUACAACAGGAGCAAUGUUCACCCAGCCACGUUUUUCCUCAUUGGAAUUCCAGGUCUGGAAGAGGUCCAUGCCUGGAUCUCCCUGCCUUUCUGCUCUGUUUACCUUGUGGCCUUACUGGGCAAUGCCACAAUUCUGUUGGUCAUCAAGGCAGAGCAGACACUCCGAGAGCCCAUGUUCUAUUUCCUGGCCAUCCUUUCAGCAAUUGAUUUGGCCCUUUCUACAACCUCUGUGCCCCGCAUGCUGGGUAUUUUCUGGUUUAAUGCUCAUGAGAUUAACUUUGGGGCUUGUGUGGCCCAGAUGUUUCUGAUUCACACCUUCACUGGCAUGGAAGCUGAGGUCUUGCUGGCCAUGGCAUUUGACCGUUAUGUGGCCAUCUGUGCCCCACUGCACUAUACCACCAUCUUGACAUCCCGGGUGCUGGUGGGCAUCAGUAUGUGCAUUGUAAUUCGUCCAGUCCUUCUUACACUUCCCAUGAUCUAUCUCAUCUACCGUCUUCCUUUUUGUCAGGCUCAUAUAAUAGCCCAUUCCUACUGUGAGCACAUGGGCAUUGCAAAAUUGUCCUGUGGAAACAUUCGUGUUAAUGGUAUCUAUGGACUUUUUGUAGUUUUUUUCUUUGUUCUGAAUCUGGUCCUUAUUGGCAUCUCAUACGUUUACAUUCUCCGUGCUGUCUUCCACCUCCCGUCACAGGAUGCUCGGCUCAAAGCUCUAAGCACAUGUGGUUCCCACGUUGGUGUCAUCUGUGUUUUCUAUAUCCCCUCUGUCUUCUCUUUCCUUACUCACAGAUUUGGACACAACAUACCACGCUAUAUUCACAUCCUUGUUGCCAACCUCUAUUUGGUUAUCCCACCUUCACUCAACCCCAUCAUUUAUGGUGUGAGGACCAAACAGAUAAGAGAGCGAGUGCUCUAUUUGUUUGCUAAAAAAUAA